AUGCAUUUGAAUAAUGUGCAACCACUUCAAGCGGUUAGUUUUUUCUCGUUAUAUUUUUCUGAUGAGUAUUAUUAUUAUUCUGUUUUUGCAGAGUUCAUUAAUUCCACCAAGCGAUCAUCAGUUAGAUCUUGAUACUUCUUCACUUGAUACACUUAUGCAUAGUCAAAGUCAAAACAUUUUGAUGCAAUUAUAUGGAGAUGUUGAUGGUCCGCUAGGAAGUCGACAUGGAAAUGGAAUGUUAUCUGGUUUAGAUGAUGCAAGUAUGCUUGAAAAUAAGGUUGAUUCACAAAAUUCGGUGAACGCGUUGAAUAUGCAAUUGCCGAUGCAGAUGAAUUUGCUCAAUUUUAGACAGUUGAACUCUCAACAAUUGGUAAUAUUGUGAACUUAAAUAUUGAAACUACUUUUAAUUCUUUGCAGCCAUCAGUUCAUCAUUUGACAUCAACAUCCCUGCCUUCUGUUUCAUCAAAUAUGGACUAUGGCAUUCAACACGAUAACACAGCUCAUUCUCAGUAUAUUGUGACGAGUCAACCGGAUAUGAUGUUAUCGCAACAACAAAUCGGUGGAUAUCAACCGCCGGUGAGUCAUAUUUUAUUUUCAAAUUCUUUUCCUCAAAAAUUUUAAAAUAAUAAAAAAGCUGAUUCUGAAAAUAGAAUUUGUUUGUGGAACAAAAUUUCGAGAAACUGGUUUUCUCUUCACAUUGAACGAAAGAACACCAUGGAAUGUUUCAAUUUAUGAGAGCGGGUUUUUGUUGCAAUUAAAAAGUGUCUGAAAAUGUUUAUGUUAGGGGUCAAAACAACAAAAAAAAUGUGUUUUUUAUAGCUUGACAAUUGUGUGCUACUGACAACCGGUCAAGAAUAUGUGCCGAAUUUCGAUUAUUCAAUGAUUAAUCAACAAUAUCAAAUGGGUGUUCCUGAUCAGCAACAACAGCAACAGCAACAAUCCGAACAUCAUCAGCAAUCUCAGGAUAUUAUUCGCGAUGAAAAAGUCUUGCCAUAUGAACAAUGGUGA